GCCGGGACAGGGACAGGGCCCCGGACGCGAGCCCCUGGCGCCCCCACCCGCACGUCUCCCGCCGCCCUCGCCCCCCGCGCGCCCCCGCCCCAGCUCCGCCCCGCCCCUCGCGCGGGGUCCGCGUCUGCGGCUGCGUUCCCCGAAAGACGAGGCUGCGCCCGGGUUCCGGUCCGCAGGGAGACCGAAGGGCACCGCUCCCCGCGCCGUCCGCGUCGCCCGGAGCCCGGAGUCGCGACACCCCAGGGAUGCCUGCGCCCCAGACGACCCCCCACCACAGCCCCCGCGCUUUCCCAAGGCCUGUCUGGAGCAUGUUGCCUGCAGCCAUGAAGGGCCUCGGCCUGGUGCUGCUGGCCGCCCUGCUGUGCUCUGCGCCGGCUCAGGGCCUGUGGUGCCAGGACUGCACGCUGACCACCAACUCCAGCCAUUGCACCCCGAAGCAGUGCCAGCCGUCGGACACGGUGUGUGCCAGUGUCCGGAUCACAGAUCCCAGCAGCAGCAGGAAGGAUCACUCCGUGAACAAGAUGUGUGCCUCGUCCUGUGACUUCGUGAAGCGGCACUUUUUCUCAGACUAUCUGAUGGGCUUCAUUAACUCUGGGAUCUUGAAAGUGGAUGUGGCCUGCUGUGAGAAGGACCUGUGUAACGGGGCCGCCAGGGCGGGGCGCAGCCCCUGGGCGCUGGCCGGCGGCCUCCUGCUCAGCCUGGGGCCCGCUCUCCUCUGGGCUGGGCCCUGAGGUCCCCUCCCUCCCGCAGGGCUUCUGAGCCUUUCCCGUCCCACCCGAGCCUGUGGCUGCCCUCCCCCCAGCCUGGUCUGGCUGGCGCUGGGGGCAGCCUCGGCCCCGCUCCCAGUCUCUGCCUUCGUUCUUUCCUAUCUCUGCACCAGCUCCAGGUCUCAGCCAGCAGGACCUCUCCAGGA